AUGUGUUGGAAAUACAGGAAGUGUGCCAAGAUUAGGUAUUCCUAAUUUAUGUUUACAAUAUGGUCCAAAUGGAGUUAGAUUUACUGAUUUUGUUACUCAUUUUCCAUCUGGUUUAGCAGCAGCAACUAAUGAAGGUUUAAUUUAUCUUAGAGGUAAAGCAAUUGGUAAAGAAUUCAAGAAAAAGGGAAUUCAUGUUUGUUUGGGGCCAGCAUUUGGUCCAAUUUGUCUAAAUGCUAAUGGUGGUAGAAAUUGGGAAUCAUUUGAUAGUGACCCUUAUUGA